AUGGCAGGCCCUUUACAGGUUGGAGACAUCCUCAACCUGGGGCGCCUAGCCUGGGAUAUUUAUCGUUAUGGCUGGAAAGAAGAUUACAAUGCGACACGUCAAUACUCGGAGUUUGGAAGAGAUGUCAGAGGCUUGGCCGAAAACCUCGAUAUUCUUAGCAGAGUGAUUACAUGGGCAGAUGACUCCCUUCAAAGCCAACGGAGACCAGGAGUGCCAGCAAGGUUACGAUGGGACCGAAAUUCACUCAUCGAAAUUAUAGGAGACUAUGAGAUCACACUACGAGAAUGUCAUCAACUUCUCGUAUCCAACGAUCGGUAUGGGAAGGGGAGCAAACCUCUACGCAACAUCGAAUGGAACGUACUCGUCCAGCCUUUGGCCGAUCAACUACGCCAGAGAAUUAUGCUGCACAACUCCAAAAUUCUUCAUGUUCUGAAACCGUUAGAGGUUGACCUUCUUCUUCGUGUGCGACAAGACAUUGAGCUCAUGCAUCGAGAUCUCGCAGAACGGAUCACUGUCGUACACCAUGAUAUUCGCCGUCUGAUGGGAGUUCUUAUUCCAGACCUCGACGAAGCACUGGACCAACGGACUCAGCGAAGCGUCGUUCUCUUGGAAGUCCCCAUUGACUUGGACGAUCAGUUUCGCUUUGCCGCUCUUACUGGCCACCCGAGAUACCGUGUUGAGGACGAUUUUGAGCUGGGUGAACUGUCGGAUGCAUUCAUACUCAACUUUCACAGGAGUACUAUCAAUUUCCAAUCAGGAAUUUUGGUCGAGGAUCGCGUCCCAGCUGUCGACCAGUAUCUCAACCUCUUAAAGUGCGUGUGGAUUUUCAAACGAAUGCAGGCGUCGCCCACCCUCAAAGCAGCAAACAAAGAUACAUCACACUGGCCUUCGUAUACUCGGCAACUAGAAGAUGAUCUUUCUUCGCAAUGUUCUCGUUUUGGCCCAGAGCUGGUGACGCCCAGAAUCGUCACUUCAACGCUCAAGAGAGACAUGUUUACUAUCUGGCCCGAGAAGGAUCCUGCUCCUCUUGUCGACGUGGUAACCAGAGACGAGAUGAUGGAGCAGCUCCUUGAGGUGCCAUUACGAAGCUAUAGCGCAGGUAUUGAAAAGAAAGCCCAGCUGCUUCGUAGGCUAGAUACCGAUGGGCGACGCUUCAGAGUCAUCAUGUCAGGCUCAGAACAAGCGGCGAGUGGAAGACCGAGACAAGAAGCUGAAACUAUUGAUUUCGACAUCACCUCCAUGGUGUUUAACCCCCAAUACGCCUUGCCUAUCGGUACUCACAUGACGCAAGAAAUCAUCAUGCGACAGAACGAGAGAAUAGCAAGGCUAGACUUCCUCGAUGGGGGUGAUAUACUAAAAUUUCAGCAAGCAGUGACAGGCUUUAAACCGUGGGACUCUUACACGCAAUACGACUGUCAAGUCAUCUUUGUCCUUGAUGGGGUCGAGAAUAUUAUGGAGAACGCCUCACUUCAACUCUGGAUACCUAAACAAACCGCAGGUUCGCUUAUCACAAAUAGCGACGCCGCUGCCAAUACGACCAACGACCCAGUGGCUAGCCGACAGAAUUCCAUAUCGACACUUGCUUCAGCUACCACUCGGGACUCGUCAAUUAGAGUGGGUGAAAGCUUUCCUGCGUCGAGUCCAAUGCUUCAACUCAACACGUCACUUGCUUCAGCUUCGAUUCGGAGCUCGCCCCCUGGAGUGAGCAGUGGGAACAACAGGGACAGAUUCCCAACAAGUCCUUCCGGGCGUCAUCCAAGUCUCGCGACAAUCCCACAAAGACAACCUGUUGGCUUUGAUCCCUAUGAGUCUUGGCCAACAAGAAGCUCCCCGGAGCCUAUCGGAUCGCCACUUAUUCAAAGGCAGAACUUCUUUCCACCACAAGGACCACCGCGCGAGUCGCCCCCUCGAAAACCUGUCGGGUCAUCUGCAUCGCCCGCUCGAUCCGCGUCUCUUACUGCGGCUCGGUCCAACAGUACAACUACAACUACGGUUAGGAAUGGGCGCUCUUUCAGUAUUUUUAGUGGCACGUCAAACAACAGCAAUUCCUCCAGCAGCGACGUUGGUAGUGUGAGCAUUUCAACCGGAACCAACUCCACGGGCCUCCUCCACAAGCGUCCAGUAAAGCCAAUGCUUGUUCUUUUUACGCAAAGUCGUCAAGGUGACAAGUUCUCGUUCGUAACGGUUCAAGUCGAUGACGAAACGAGUAUGAAUCCUGAACGCUGCGAUUGCCGUAAAUCGGGAAGAGAUGGUGCAUCUUGCGAAAUCGCGGCCAUCGAGAAGAAGAAAGGGCACUCGACUGUUGCAGCCCGGAGGUAUGAGCAGUCGAGUUCGGAUGGCGAGAUGGACUGGAAUUUAGCCCGGUUGGCACUCAACAAUCCAGCUUCGACGAGCAGCAGUGCCAAUUGGUCAAAUCUCAAACGACUCAGUAUCAAGUUCCCUAAUCCUCGUGCCAGAGCUUACUUUUGUGGCACGCCCAAUGUCUGUCACUGCAAGGUCAAAACGGAGGCCGAUGCGCGUGAAUGUAUACGAAAAGGACAUCGUGGUCUAUGGGGCGAGGUGCAACAGAGCUACAGGAAGCAGAUGAACAACUUCCACAAGCAGCGUUAUGAGGGUAGAUCACAAGUUGUGUAUGGAGUGACGAAUUAA